GAGAGGCAGAAGUAUAGGAGAGAGAAGAGAGGAGGAGAGAGGGAGAGAGAGGGAGAGAGAAAAGGGAGGGAGCAGGAGAGUGGAUUUCCAUAGCUGCUGAACAUUGAUGAUCCGGAGAUCCCAGGUUGAGUGCGGGUGUGGAAGAGGUGAACACAUUUUUGCUGUCCAUCAAUAAUGACAAACCACCUGGUACUGACAACUUGGAUGGAAAAUGACAGGACGUGUGCCCAUGAGGUCGUUGCUGUUGGUGCUCCUGCUCAUUGGCAUCCAGGCUGUACUGAACAUGGAAGGGGCCCUGGGCCCGGUGGCUGCCAACCACAGUGCAGAACACCACACAGCAGCCAAUGGCAGAGCAGAACAGCACACAUCAGCCAAUGGCAGAGCAGAACACCACACAGCAGCCAAUGGCAGAUCAGAACUACAGAGGACGGCCCGCCUGUCAGUGUCACCUCAGCAGGAGCAGCCAGCAGCAGACAGGGAUACUCAGCAGAGACCCAGCCGGACCAGACAGGCCCACAGACCAACCUCUCUACCCCAGGACAGGAGUUCUUCCCUGGGCCACUCUGAGACAGACUCCUCCCCCUCCAUCCCUGAGGUGGACCCCAAACUGUUCAGCAAGCGGAAGUACCGCACCUCAUCACGCGUCGUCUUCAGCGACGUACCCCCCUCUCACCACACCCUGGGAGGGGAGACAGGGGAGGAGGAGGAAGGGGUGAGGGAUGGGGGAGUGAGGGUGAGGCGGAGAGCGGGGGGGCAGCCCAUGCACAGGGGGGAAUACUCCGUGUGCGACAGCAUCAGCGUGUGGUUGGGGAACCUGACCAAGGCCACAGACAUCGCCGGCAACGAGGUGGAGGUUCUGCCAGAGGUGAAGAUAGACAACGUCCGCAAGAGACAGUUCUUCUACGAGACCACCUGCCGCGUGGCCACACCCCCAGGGGGCGGAGCUGGGGCUGGGGGAGGGGCCAGUGGAGGCAUUUCUAAAGCAGGGUGCCGCGGCAUCGACAGCCGUCACUGGAACUCGUACUGCACCAACACGCACACGUACGUGCGCGCGCUCACCAAGUCCAAGGAGCAGACGGCGUGGAGGUUGAUACGCAUCAACGCAGCGUGUGUGUGUGUCCUCAGCCGCAAGUCCUGGAGGCACUGACCUCUCACCCCUAGGACUAUGGACCCAUAUACACACACACACACACACACACACACCGAUUGCACAGUCAGACACGUAAGCAACCAUGAAACAGCCACUACAGAUGUACACAGACACACUCCCACACACAGACACACUCCCACACACAGACACACUCCCACACACAGACACACUCCCACACACAGACACACUCCCACACACAGACACACUCACCUGUAUCCGACCAGCCCCUUCCCCUCUCCCUACCUCAGUCAGAUUUCUGGUUCUUCUAACUUAUGAGGACUGCAUGUCAUAUUUAUAGUUUAUACAGUCGAAUAUAUAUUAAAUAAGUGUAUAUAUACAGUGCCUUCGGUAACUAUUCAGACCCCAUGAAUUUUCAAAAUUUUCUUACGUUACAGCCUUAUUCAAAAAAUUAAUCAAAUAAAAUAAAUUGCUCAUCUAACUACACACAAUACCCCAUAAUGACAAAGUGAAAACAGGUUUGUAGACAUUUUUGCAAAUGUAUUAAAAUUCACAACAGAAAUACCUUAUUUACAUAAGUAAAUCUCUGCAGCACUCACCAAUCAGGCCUUUAUGGUAGAGUGGUCAGACGGAAGCAGCUCCUCAGUAUAAGGCACAUGACAGCCCGCUUGGAGUUUGCCAAAAGGCACCUAAAGACUCUCAGACCAUGAGAAACAAGAUCCUCUGGUCUGAUGAAACCGAGAUUGAAGUCUUUGGCCUGAAUGCCAAGCGUCAGGAAAACUAUUUAAUCCAUUUUAGUGUAAGGCUGUAAAGUAACAAAAUGUGGAAGAAGUCAAGGAGUCUGAAUACCAUCCGAAGGCCUGUACAUCAUGAAUUCAACUUUUUGUUGUUGUUGAUGAUGAUGCUGUUAUUUAUUAAACACUUC